CUGUUCGGCGCUAGUAAGACACGCAGGUUAAAGAUAGCAGUUGUGGGGGAGGGAGGCAGCUCUGUGUGGGCUUCAUGACAUCAAACUGCUAAGUGAUGUGGGUUUUUUUUUUUCUCUCUCUGAGCUCCCAAAUCGGAGUGGCUUACAUGAAGGAUAGAGUGCUGAGCAGUGGGGCUGCUUUCCUUGGAGUGUUACUGUGCGGAUUGCAUCUGUCUCCCCCCCUCUCUGCCAUCAAUAUUUAAUGUCCUUCUCCUCAGAGCAGUGAGAUAAUGCAAUGAGCGGGGAAGCAGCGAGUGACACACGCACUGGAUCUCAAGCCGCAGCCGACUGAGCCGGGAAGGAGCCGCCGGUACAUGCCGUUCCCCGAGCCCUCUGUAUAAUAAAGCAUGUCCUCCUCAGCCCACGGGGCCGCCACCUCCGUCCUCGGAAGGGCAGUCGGGGAGGAGGACGCGGGAGGAUGAGGGGAGACAGCCGGCCGGAGCAGAGGAGGAGGAGGCGGAGGAAAAGAAGAAGAAGAGGGGUGCGAGAAAGGGACACAGGAGUAGAGGCCGGCGCGGAGGAUGAAGUGGGGAGUGAGGGGAGCCUGCGCCCUGCUCUCUAGCUGUCUCUUGCUCGCCUGUGCCCUGAGCGCGGCCGCCGUGGGCCUCAAGUGCUUCACUCUGGGUUCUGAACUGAGGGGGGAGCCGUUCCGCCUGGGCACGGCCGCCGGCGCCUUCUACUCUGGGCUGCUGCUCUCCGCCGGCCUCUCCCUCUUGGGCUCCGCCCUUAUCUGCUGCCGGGAGGACGAGUCUGGGGAGAGCCGCGCGGGAAGCCAGAACUUCCUGCUCCUCGGGGUGCUAGUCUUCAUGCUGGGGGUGCUGAGCGCCUUCGCUGGGGCGGUGAUAGACGGGGACACUGUGUCAUUGGUGGAGAGGAAGUACUCGCACUACUGCCUGCAGGAGGGGGUCGGCAGCCCCGCCACUAAGUGCCAGAAGUUGAAGGAUUACCAGCGGGGCUUGGUCAUCUCCACCAUUUUUAACUCCCUGGAGUGUCUGCUGGGGCUGCUCAACCUGCUGCUCGUCAAGAACUACAAGUCGUCCCAGCAGCGCAGGCGGAGGCGGCGAGCGCGGAGGAGGAGAACAUGCGGCGGGAGGAGGCGCUUUCAGAGGCACAGCCAGGGUUCUAUCUUCUCCAACGACGAGCACGACUACUCCCCCGCCGGGGACUUCCCUUUUCAGUCCGUCUCCUACAUCAACGUAGGGGUCUUUCACUUGUUUGACGAGGCCGGGGUCGAGGUGCAUUGUGGGGGACACCCUUCCAUAGAGUUGCCUGGAUACUCCCCCAUGGACCCUGAUUUGAACCCGUCCUACCCCUACUGCUACCCUCUGCCUAAUGAGCAGCCCCCUCCCUAUGAUGAGAUCUAUCCCACCACAGAAAUCUGCAGCAGCACCGCCACCACUGCAACUACCACAUAACUACUGUGUGGGGAGCAGCCUGUGCACCCCCAAAAAAAUAACUUGAGUCCAGGGAGUCAGUUCCUACUGCUCUGUCAUAUGCACUGACAAUCACAAUGGCUGACAAUGGGACAGGGACAUGCCAGUCUGUGACACUGUCAUUUACAUGGAUGUAUUCCUAUAGAAGCGGAAAUGCUAUUGCACAAUGCUCCUGACCAAUGUAUGUGCUUGGGUUGAAGGCCGAAUAUGCCGCCAGUUGGACGUGCGCCUGUGUGUAAGAGCCAGGUGUCUUAAAAAAAAAGAAAGAUGCACUGUAAUCACUUUCAUUUGCCUGGGGGUCCAUUUUUCUGGGGGAGUGCCAAUAUAACGCACCUUCAUUUUCAAAAAGUUGGUUGGCCACAACCACUAGCACGGUUUGCUAAAGGCAGUUUCUGGCAAUUACAGACAGCUAGAAGGCUUGUAGGCAUUACACCUCCCUAAGGUACAAUCCUGUUGAAAUCAACAUGGACGAGAACCAGUACCCAAGCCCCCAGAAAAAUACAGCCCUUGUUUUUAUUUAUAUAACAUGCAGACUCAGUGGCAAAGACCUUGAAUUAAUCAGUAUUUUUCCUGCUCUUCACAUUUAUUUUGUCAUGCCAGUGUAAAACUACAUUUUGCUAUUCGUCACUAUUGCCAUGGUUACAGUGUCUAGCUAUAAAAUGAUUGUCAGUAGAAAAAAGGCUUUUUUUAUUUUCUUCCACGUCUGAUGAUGAGAUUACUCAUCUUUAUCGAAUCUCCGAGAUCUUAUCGGUAAAGGCUUCUGAUAUCGUCAAUCCUCCUACCAUUCCUUUUUUUUUUCCUGUUAAUGAAUCAUCAAAUGAUCGUUUUAUAGCUUAUGAAAGCAAGCUGACUGCCACAAAUGGGAUUUAAUAUGCAAGGAACGAGAACCGCGCAAAGCUCCCCUGACUCUAAAAGAUUAAUAUUGGUACCAAAUGCAUGAAAGAUCCCCUUAAACUCUUUUCACAGUCCAUAUGGGACUUACAAUACAGUGUCAAUCGACCAGUAGCAGGCCCAUUAGGAAUCUGUAGAAUUGAUACAGCCUCUUGGGGUUUAGAGCUUUGAGAUAUAAGAUUUUUGCCACCCCCCCCCCUCUCCUUAUUUAAAGAUGUAAAAGCUGCACUUUGAAAAGAAAACCUAAUACUAUAUUACCUUUUUGUACACUUGAGGUGCCUGCCUGUUAAUUACAUUAUGGUAUAAGCUUUGGCAUAUUUAAGCUCACCACAGAAAUGCAGUAUAGAAGAGUAAUUAUCACCCCUUUUUUAACUUGCUGGAGAACACUUAAAAGUAAUAUAUGCUGUAGGCUUGCAGAGACAUGGCCAGUAAAUAAGGCACUUUAUGAGUUAUGAGAAUAUUUCUUUUUAUAGAACAAACAUAUGGAAAAGAUAUUUUUAAUGAUUUCGAAACAAAGUUCUCAAUGCUUUAUUUUACUAUUGGAUACUUUCAUAGGAGUAAACCUUCAUGGUUUCAAUUGCAUUAAAUCUGCAUCUGUGUAUGUAUGUAUUUAUGAAGUGAAUGUAUCUCAUGUUAUUGCAUGAAGGCAGAUCCAAAAAGCUGGAUGUGCCACCCACAAAUAAGGUCAUUCUAUUUAUUACAUCAUAAUUAUGAUCAUUAAAACCAUGUUGCAUGAUUUAGUUAUUUAUUGCAAAUUAAAAGGAUAACCACA